GCCAGUGAUGCUGUAAGUAGAUAAUUCAGUGUUCGUACAAGUUCCUGUCUACAGUUUCCUCCUCUCAGGCACACAAACUGCUGCUUUAGAGUAAAUAUCAAACCAUAGGAUUCAACACACAAAGGCAGCUCAUAAAAAUAAAAAUCAGAUCAAAGACUAAAGAGCCAAACCUCGCCAGCCGUGCAAGCAGCACAGUUCUUCUAUCAUGGUUGACAACAUCGUCACAAAGCCUCUUGGGUUAGUUGUGAUCAUCGCAGCUCACAUGGUAUUCAAUGGCCCUAGCCGAGCUGAGGUCACUGGGCUCCUCAGUAACAACAUCACCCUUCAAUUCCCAUUUAAUGUCAGCAUCUCAAAUAACAGUCAUUUUGCAGUUUAUAUAGAUAGCAAAAAGAUUGCUGAGUAUCGACAGGGCGACAGGACAGGAGUUUUUGAUGUUUACAGCAAAAAUACUACUGUAUUUUACCACAUUACAAAUCUCAACCUAAAUGACAGUGGAUAUUACUGGGCCAGUUUGUUUAAAGAAGGAUAUGCUGAAGAAAGUGACAAGGUGCAGCUGAUCGUCAGAGAGGAGAACAGAAGCAGCACGGUUCCUCCAGAGCUGAAUAACAACACAACACCUGAAAACAGUGAAAGGCCCAGUUUCUCUCACAUCAUCACUGUGUUUGUGGUUUCACCUGUCGUUCUGCUGGCUGCAAUAUUUCCCUGGUUGAUAUGGUGUCUUGUGAGAACACAAGACAAAGACCAACCACCACCACAGCAAACCUCUAAUCACACAGUACAAGAAAUAAUUGAGGUGUCCAACAAUGUGCCUGCACCCUCAGUGGUCUACAGCGUCCUGGACUUUCCCAAAAGACCUUCGGCAGUUUUGGAAAUAAAUCCAAAUGAUACAGAGUACGCUGCUGUCAGUUAUCUCCCCGAAAAGAUGUGAGUGUGACGUGCCACUGAAUGUAAACCACCUGGUCUUUUCUUUGGUUUAAGAAAAGGUAUGCAAAAUAACUAAUAUAUAAUCUAAAUAAAUAUAUUUUGAGAAAGUGUAAUAAAUACUUUUUGUAAAGCAAUGAUGAUGAAUCCUUCCAGCAUGUGGGCUCCUUGCAAUGAUUAGCAAGCAAAAACGUUUGGAGGGAAAUAGUCACUAUUCUGCAAGGGUCUUAAGUAAGUAGGUGUCACUUCAUUUUCAGUGGUCUCGAGAUAGAAAUGGUGACAACUGCUGUGGCAAACCACAAGCCAGUACAGUAGCAAACUAACUUCAGGGUCAUCUGGCUACUAAACCCUUAAAGGGAAAGUCAGGUGAGACUCUGUAUUUUUGUUAUUGUUAACAAAUGCCAUAAAAAAGACCAAGACCAACAAUGAAUUUACAGUGAGGAAAAUAAGUAUUUGAACACCCUGCUAUUUUGCAAGUUC